AUGGAAGAUUCUCUUGGUUCAACUAUAGAAAAUAUAAAACUCCAAGAACAAGAGAAAGAGGCAAGGCUGAAAGAAAAACGAGAAAUCGAUGCUGUUGUAAUUUCCCUAAAGAGAGAAAUCCGUGAAUGUUAUUCUCAAGUUGAAAAAUAUCAGCAAAAUCAAGAUACGCUUUUAAAGAACAUUGCCACGCUGCGUACACAAGUAAUAUUAGAAAAAAUACGCCGUGAAUCUUUAAUCACACAGUUACACGUACUCAAUAAAGAGUUAGAGGAUUUACGAGUUAAGUCGUUUGAAGGUAUUUCUAAGGUGUGGGAACAACGAUCUUCUUUAUGUGAGAAAAUUCACACCACUACUGAAAACUAUGACAUUUGGGCUUUACUUAUUAAGCCAACUUGCUUAGAAUCGAACUAUCUGAGUAAAUCAGUUGUAAAACAGGAAGACGAUAAUCUAGUGUUAGACAAUGAAAUUCGACUACAAGAAGCAGUUACUAAGCGGGAUAUCGCUUUAAAGGAGCGUGACCGACUUAAAGCUGAACCAGAUGAUGGUGAAGAGUUUUUGCGGAUCAAAAACGCCCUACGU